ACAUGAGUAACGGGAGCAUAAUUGCCUGCGUAAGCUCGUCUGUGCAUAUGCACUGAUGCACUCUGCUCGCUUUGAGCGCUCUCUCUCUGCACCAUUAUUGCGUGUCGCACAAGCGAAAAUCCCGUUAAUUCUCUCACAGCCUUUUCAAUUUCUCUCUCAUAAUGGUUGUUCUCCUCUCCCCAGACACUGGAAACGGCGACGUCUCAAAUGCCAACCUCCCUGAAACGCCGCGUUUUAGCGAGGAUAUCGACUCGACAUGCUCGACUCCCUAUGUCAGUGCUCCUUCCAGCCCCGGCCGGGAAGCUAGCUACGGCGGUGGAUAUUUCUUCAGUGCACCGGCAAGCCCCAUGCAUUUCGUGCUGUGUUCCGCUCCUUCUGCCACGUGUCCUCAUUCCAACUCGGCGUAUUUGUCGCCUCAGUCUGACACGUCUUUUGAGUUUGAGGUUACGUCUCGGUCCUCCGGAGGUGGUUCGGUUGCCGUUGGAUCUAUGAGCUCGGCUGAUGAGUUGUUCUUGAACGGACAUAUCAGGCCCAUGAAGCUCUCGUCUCACUUGCAGAGGCCGCAAAAUUUGGCGCCGCUUCUAGAUCUGGACGAAGAAGAGGAUUACGAGGACGACAACGGCGAGCAGUACAAUAAGCGACAACAGGCGGCGGAGAGAGGGAGAGAUCUGAAACUACGGAGCAGAUCUCUUCACAGGAAGGCCAGAUCUCUAUCUCCUCUCCGAAACUCGACGUUUCAAUGGCGUGAAGAAGAUUGCAGGGAAGAGCUAGAGGUGAGUGAGCGCAUUCUGGAGUUGAAGGAUUUUGAGCGCAAGCAAACUGAAAGAGUGUCGAGCGAAACAACGCCUUCUGUUUCUGCUUCCUCUUCGAGGUCUUCUUCGUCUGGUAGGAAUUCUAAGAAAUGGAUAUUCCUGAAGGAUCUUCUGAACAGAAGCAAAAGCGAAGGGAGAGGAAACGGGAAGGAGAAGUUCUGGUCCUCCAUUUCAUUCUCUCCAUCAAAGGAUAAGAAAGUCGCUCUGCCUUCGCUCUCUCCCUCUAAAAUUGAAAAGCCUCCUCUAUCCUCUUCUGCUACAACAGAAACGACGCCGACGACUCCACACAAACACAAGCGAAAGGAGCAAGGGUCAAGCAAGAAAUCGUCCUCUACUAAGCCGACGAACGGUGUAUCAAAACGACGGCUCCCUCUAUCGCCUCACGAGCUGCAUUACACAGCGAACAGAGCUCAGGCAGAAGAGAUGAAGAAGAGGACGUACUUGCCGUACAGACAUGGGCUAUUUGGCUGCUUAGGAUUCAGUUUGAAGGGUUAUGGUGCACUUAACGGACUAGCCAGGUCCUUCAACCCAGUUUCUUCCAGGUAGACCACCCGUCUCCUUCAAGUUUUGUGUAUAGCUCUUUGGGUUCGCAGAAUUAAAUAAUUAAAUUAUCGUUUAUGCAUUGAUAUUAUUAUCUGAAUUAAUCGGAGGUGGCUUAGUGUAAUAUGUACAGUAUCUAAGCUAAAUUGGUGAAAUCACCCACUAUCGGUGAUGUUUUUAUUCUUGUUCCCAUGCUUCAGCUAAUCCGAGAAUCGAUCGAUCUGUAUCGUGUUGGCCUUUUGUCUUAUUUCUUUUGACUUGCUUUGCCUUUCCAAUUUAUUCACUUGGGAUCAUGGCAUGUCAUUUGAUGAAUACACAAAUUUUUUUUGAUU